UUUCGUCAACCUCCAUAAGGAAACAAAAUAGAAACAUUUGUACAAAAAACAAGAAAAAAAUUAUGUUAGUCCAUCUCUGAAACAAUCCCAUCACCAUCAUUUUUAAUUAAUAUAAUCCUUUCAUCUUUAAUCCUUUACCGAUUAAUAUGGGCAAUUGUUGCUCUCAGAGUAAGGCUGAUGAUGAUGGAAAGGACAAAGGCUUAUCUAAUCACCAUGCUGAUAGUUCCACAGCUCCUCCCAAAACUUCUCAGAAUUCUACAAAUCCUGGCGCCAAUUCUUCCUCCAAGUCUCCCAAUAAAGGUACUGGCGGCGGGGGAGGUGGCGGUCCUCUCGGACCUGUCUUAGGCCGGCCGAUGGAAGAAAUAAAAUCUACGUACAAUAUCGGAAAGGAGCUCGGGAGAGGGCAGUUUGGCGUUACACAUUUGUGUACGCAUAAGGCAACCGGUGAACAAUUUGCUUGCAAAACUAUUGCGAAGAGGAAGCUUAUUAAUAAAGAAGACAUUGAUGAUGUUAGAAGAGAAGUUCAGAUUAUGCAUCAUUUAACAGGCCAGCCGAAUAUUGUGGAACUCAGAGGGGCUUACGAGGACAAACAAUCAGUUCAUUUGGUGAUGGAGCUGUGUGCUGGAGGAGAGCUGUUUGAUAGGAUUAUUGCUAAGGGCCAUUACACAGAACGUGCUGCUGCUUCCUUGUUGAGGACCAUCGUCCAAAUUAUACAUACUUGUCAUUCCAUGGGGGUCAUUCAUCGAGAUCUUAAACCCGAAAAUUUCCUCCUUCUCAACAAGGAGGAGGAUUCUCCUCUAAAGGCCACCGAUUUUGGUCUCUCUGUGUUUUACAAGCCAGGGGAAGUAUUCAAGGAUAUUGUGGGCAGUGCAUAUUACAUUGCACCUGAAGUUCUGAAGAGGAAAUAUGGACCUGAAGCUGAUAUUUGGAGUAUUGGGGUCAUGUUGUACAUUCUUCUUUGUGGUGUUCCUCCUUUCUGGGCAGAAUCGGAAAAUGGGAUAUUCAAUGCAAUAUUGCGUGGGCAUAUAGAUUUUACAAGUGACCCAUGGCCUUCAAUUUCACCUCAAGCAAAGGAUCUUGUUAAGAAGAUGCUCAAUUCUGAUCCCAAGCAGAGGUUGACUGCCAUUCAAGUUCUAGGUCAUCCAUGGAUCAAGGAGGAUGGAGAGGCACCAGAUGUUCCUCUUGACAAUGCAGUUUUGAGUAGGCUCAAACAGUUCAAGGCAAUGAACAAGUUCAAGAAAGUUGCUCUCAGGAUCAUCGCGGGAUGUCUAUCAGAAGAGGAGAUCAUGGGGCUGAAGGAGAUGUUCAAGGGCAUAGACACUGAUAACAGUGGGACUAUUACACUUGAAGAAUUGAAACAUGGACUUGCUAAGCAAGGAACUAAGCUUUCUGAAUAUGAAGUUCAACAAUUGAUGGAAGCUGCCGAUGCAGAUGGUAACGGUACCAUCGACUACGAAGAAUUCAUCACUGCAACAAUGCACCUCAACCGAAUGGAUAGAGAAGAACAUCUUUAUACAGCCUUCCAACAUUUUGACAAAGACAACAGCGGGUACAUCACCACUGAAGAACUAGAACAAGUUCUCCGAGAAUAUGGCAUGAGUGAUGGAAGAGACAUCAAGGAAAUCAUUUCUGAAGUUGACAGUGAUAAUGAUGAUCGGAUCAACUACGAAGAAUUUGUAGCGAUGAUGAGAAAAGGAAAUGACAUAAAUCCAAAGAAACGGCGUGAGUCUCUGUUUGUUUAACAUGAAUGAGUAACAAUGGUGUGUGAU